AUGAGGAAAAUUAUAUCUAUAAAUUUUUAUGUGGCUCUUAUAACAUUAUACGCAUUUUAUAAUAAUGCUUUAUGCCAAGUCGAAACAAAUGAAAAAAAAACAUCUCUAAGAAAUGGAAAUACUUUAAGCUGGUCUUCAUUGCACCAUGGAAUAAAUAAUAUAGGAAAAACGCAAAAUAUAAAUUACAGUAAUUCUGAGCAUCAGGAAAAUAAGCCUCAAGAAACGAAACAAUCUAAUGUUGAUGGAAAAAACUCCAAUGGUAUUAUCACUCAAAUUCGCUUAUCACCAGUAGUAGAAAAUGAUAAAGGAAAUGGAAAUAAUAAUGCACACACAGAAGGGAAAAAAAUAGAAAGCAUAUCUAGAAAUACUUUACCUAAUAGUUUCCAAGAAGAUGGUAAGUCAAUUAAUGGACAAACGAAUGGUGCCCAACCUACUGAUAAUAAAAAAGAAAAUAUAGUUCCAACCGGUUCAAAAAAUAUAAAUGAAGAUACAGUGAUUCAUGUACAAGAAAAUAAUACGAAUCCUUCUUCAAAAGUAGAAAGUGAAAAGGCAUUAACGAAAUUAGAAGAAGUUAAGCCUGAAAAAAAAAACAUAGAAAAAAAUAAGGAAUUCGAUGAAAACGGUUCUAAGAUAGCAGUAAAUACAGGGAAUGUGUCGGAUAUAAACAAUAGUAUAGAUAGUGAACAAGUAAAUGGUAAAACAAUACCUGGGGAAAACAUAUCAGAAUUACAAAAUACAGGAGUGGAUUCUGAGAUCAAUAAAGAUGAAGAUUCUUCACUAAAUUUAAAAAUCGAAGGUAAUCCAAUAAACGCCGAUAAAAAAACACAAGAUAAGGGAGACAAGGAGAAAAAAAACAUACCGGAUAAUUGUUAUAAUAAUGGAGAACAACUCAUUCCAAGUGAGCAAUUAGAAGGAAUAAAUGUAACAGACGACGCAAAGAACAAAGAAAGCGAAAAAGAGAAAAAUUAUGCUGAUAAUAAAAAUCUAAAUGACAAAAACAAUUUUGAAUUACAACGUGAUAUAGCAAAGACUAUAUAUGAAUUUAUAAUGGUCGAACUUCCAAAAAAUAACAUUUUUACAAAGAAUAUCGAAGAGUCGGAUAAAAAUAUAAAUAAUAAUGAUAAAGAUUUAGUAAAAAAUACGGAGAAAAAUGUUGAAAAUGAAAAAAAUGAAAUAAUAUAUGAGCAACCAAUAAAGAACCAAGGAAACAUAAAUAUUAAAAAUGAACCUAAAACAGAAGGAAAGGAAACAAUCCCAUCCAGUAAUGGCAAUGCUAGUAAUCCAUUUAGUAAAAUUGUUGAAAAUAUUAACGCGGUGCAAAACGAAGGUACAUUCUUGAGUAAUAUAAUAAAUUUAUUUGGUAAUCCAGGCUUUAUUUCAAAUGAUGUAACAAAUUUAGUAAAGAGCGCAGUUUCUUUGCUUUCAGCUUUUUAA